AUGUCCUGGUUAUCGGACAUUUACGUCACUGUCGCAAUGGUCUUCAUCAAACUCAUGGUUUACGCCUAUGAGUAUUUAACUCUCCCAAUAUAUUUCAUGUUCAGCAAAACCGAAUAUUUUAUGCCGUUUCCCGAGGACGAACAAUCGUACUUCAAAAAGUUCGCUGCUGAAGAAUCUCGAACUCUCAGUUUGCCUGUGAAGCAGGGCGAUCCUGGAAGUUCAUGGCGGGCUGUGGAGUAUAUUGACAACUUGGCCACCGUUGCUCUUCCCGGAUGUCCCACUUUAUCUGAUCUGUGGCUUCGCACAAUUAAAUUGUGGCCUAAGAAGCCAGCACUUGGUACCCGCAAGAUUCUGGAGACAGAUUAUGAGGUCACGCCGGAUGGUAAAAGGAUGGUAAAACUCACUAUGGGUGAAUACGUGUGGGAAACGUAUGCUGAAGCUGAACGUCGAGUAUCUGCUCUCUCGGCUGGCUUGCGUCACCUUCUAGGGCCCAGCACUGCCGACAGAAAGGAUGAUGGAAACUGUCCGACUCCUUUGGUCAUUUUUUCCGAGACGCGCCCCGAGUGGCUCUACGCUGCGGAAGCCAGCUGGCGCCUCAAUCGCCCAAUUGCAACACUUUACGCGACCCUUGGUGACGAUGCCGUUGUCCAUGGUCUAGAACAAACAGAGGCCUCCGUCGUCUUGACAAGUGAUGAGCUCCUCUCCAAGGUCGUGAACCUCCUUCCUCGUUGUCCUCUUGUCAAAUACGUUGUCUACUUCUCUAAUGGGGUAAUCCAAAAGCAUCGAGGUCUCGAUAUUCACGACCUCUCUCGCUUCAAUGAUACCGCUCGCAAGUCCGUAGAGACUGCCCUCAAGACUCUCCCUGAAGGUGUAGAGCUCUUUGAUAUUCUGGAGCUGGAAAUCCGAGGGAAGGAAGCAAUCAAGGCAGAAAUGUCACCUGCAGAGCGUAAAAAUAAGGACAAGUUCAUCAACUGGCAACCUCCCCUUGAAGAACGGCCAAAACCUAAUGAUCUCGCUGUAAUUAUGUAUACCAGCGGGUCUACUGGCACUCCAAAAGGUGUCGAAAUCGAGCACAACAACAUGAUUUGCACCAUCGCCGGUCUCUUUCGUCGGCUGCCGAAGCUGAACCCCGAGUCGGACGUCUACAUUGGUUACCUGCCCCUGGCGCAUGUGUUGGAGCUCACCUCGGAGUUGUCCUUGCUCAUCAUGGGCAUACCGAUUGGCUUCUCGAAUCCACAAACCCUCACUGACGCCUCCUCGAGGAUCAAGAAGGGCGCGUGCCAGGGCGACAUCAAUGUGCUCAAGCCCACUCUCUUCGCCUCCGUGCCAACUGUGCUUGAGCGCAUUUCAAAGUCGGUUUGGGAGAAGGUGAAGGAGGGCGGUCCUCUUAUGGAAGCCAUCUUCCACUUCGCGUACGACUACAAGUGCCGUCGUCUGCACACAGGCUUCCCCAGCUUCCUCGUGGACCGGCUGAUUUUCCGCAAGGUGCGCGCCCUCAUCGGUGGCCGCAUCCGCUACAUCGUGAGCGGCGGCGCGCCCCUCUCCGAGGAGUCCCACCUCUUCACCAACGUCUGCUUUGCACCCGUCAUGCAGGGGUACGGUUUGACGGAGACGUGUGCAGCCGCAACCCUCAUGGAAUGCGGCGAUCUGCGUGGCCAUCACGUCGGGGCGCCGCUUCCCAGCAUCGAGAUCAAACUGCGUCCCUGGAAGGUGGGCGGGUACUCGCCCUACGACAAGCCCUUCCCGCGUGGCGAAAUCCUCAUUUCCGGCGGAUCAGUGACUCGUGGCUACUACAAGAACCCCGAGGCCACUGCCGAGUCAUUUAUCACCGACUCCAAUGGUGUGCGCUGGUUCUGCACAGGCGAUAUUGGAAUGAUCCACCAGGACGGCAGCUUCUCCAUCAUCGAUCGUAAAAAGGACCUUGUGAAACUGCAGGCUGGUGAAUACGUCUCUUUAGUUAAGGUGGAGCUGGCUCUGAGCCAGUCGCCCUACGUGGAGAACAUUUGCAUUUAUGCCGAUCCCAAUGAGAACUACACCAUCUGCUUUGUCUGCCCCAAGUUAACCAUGAUACGCAAGCUGGGCGCAGAGCUGGGCCUCUUGGACGACGCCAUCAAUGAAGCGAAGAAUCAACUCUCGCCUGGAAAACUCAACGAUCCCACCGCCUUGUCGCUGGCUGAGCAUGCUGUUCUCUGUCGCAGACCCGAGAUAAUCAAACGGGUGUCGGAGAACAUCCAGGAAGUGGGCAAAGCUAAACGCCUGGCUGCUUUUGAAGUGCCACGCAAAGUGUUUUUGGACCCGGAUCCCUGGACGCCAGAGUCUGGCUUGGUUACUGAUGCUCUGAAGAUUAAAAGAUUCAACAUCAAGGCCAAAUUCCUCAAUGAAAUCAACCGGAUGUAUGCCAAGUAG